GUGUCGAGUCGACCACUUCUGUUCUUGAAGCGAAGAGACAGAAGGACUUGUUCUUCUUCGACAUCGUCUUCUUCUUCGUUGGUGUACAGAGUCCUUCGUUUUAUAAAGAGGGAGAGGGAGACAGACAUAGACAGAGGGAUCAGAAAAAAACGACGUCGUUGAAAAGAGGGAACUUUUGAAAUUAAAAUUGAACCGAAGGAAACGUUUGACUGCGUGCGUGCCUAGACAUAUCGAUACGUAUACUCCCCCCGAGAUUUGUAUACGUUUCUCUCUAUCGAGUUGUGAUUUUUCUUCCUCGAUCUUUGUUCGGAAACAAACAAGCUCGCGGUCUUUGUGAUCCGGCGCCGUCUUGAUCCAGGUUUGAUUGGUUCAAGCUUCCAAUUUCUCGUUGUAGCUGAAGAAGAAGCUUGUUCCUCCUGAGGCUGAGCAGUUGCAGUAAUGAAAUAAAGUUGUCUUUUUUUUUUUGGGUUUUGAAGAGAUGAAGGCAGUUAAAGGGUGGCGUCUAUGCGGAACAAGUUAUAUGCAGUCUUUGCCUGGAGCUCGCCACCACCGUGCUCCUCCUACAACAAGGAAGCCAGUAUGGAUCAUGGCAGUGGUUUCUCUGAUAACAAUGUUUGUAAUCGGUGGUUACGUGUUCCCUCACCACAGAAGAGCUGCUUGUUAUAUGUUUUCUUCUAAAGGAUGCAAAGGGCUUACUGAUUGGCUUCCACCCUCUCCUAGGGAGCUUUCCGAUGACGAGGUUGCGGCUCGUGUGGUGAUUAGGGAGAUAUUGAGCUCCCCUCGUGUUAUUAAAAAGACUAGUAAGAUUGCGUUUAUGUUCUUAACUCCGGGGACUUUGCCUUUUGAAAAGCUAUGGGACCUCUUUUUCCAGGGUCACGAGGGGAAAUUCUCAGUGUAUAUUCAUGCAUCAAAGGAUACGCCGGUUCACACCAGUCGUUACUUUCUUAACCGUGAAAUUCGAAGUGAUGAGGUGGUAUGGGGUAGGAUAUCAAUGAUUGACGCUGAGAGACGUUUGUUGACAAGUGCUCUUAGAGAUCCUGAAAAUCAGCAAUUUGUAUUACUCUCUGAUAGUUGUGUGCCGCUUAGAAGUUUUGAUUACAUGUACAACUAUAUGAUGUACAGCAAUGUUAGCAAUGUUGACUGUUUUGACGAUCCUGGUCCACAUGGAAUCGGCAGGCAUAUGGAUCACAUGUUGCCCGAAAUUCCAAAGGAAGAUUUUAGAAAGGGUUCACAGUGGUUCUCCAUGACGCGUCAGCAUGCAGUCAUGACUAUGGCAGACAGUCUAUACUACUCAAAGUUCCGGGACUACUGUGGGCCAGGUGUAGAGAGUAACAAGAACUGCAUUGCUGAUGAACACUACCUGCCAACAUUCUUCUAUAUGCUUGAUCCUGGUGGCAUUGCUAACUGGACUCUUACAUAUGUUGAUUGGUCUGAGGGAAAGUGGCAUCCAAGAACAUUCAUGCCUGAAGAUGUCUCACACGAGUUACUUAAAAACCUCACGUCCAUCGACGCUGUUUCACGCGUAACAAGUGAAGGAACGGGUAUAGUAACAUGGACACAAUGCAUGUGGAACGGAAUCAAAAGACCUUGCUAUCUCUUUGGAAGGAAGUUCCACGCAGAUGCUCUCGAUAAACUGAUGGAUCUCUUUCCAAUGUACACGAGUGGUUUUGAUUGAUCGAUGAAAAUGCAAAGCAAAGGAGGUAUUGUUUUGACUCGAAUUCUUUGACCAACGUCCCAUUAUAUUUUGAAGGAACCAAGUUUUGAACUUUGAGACUGUAUCAUGGAACCCCCUAGAAGAUGUAACUCGCUGCAAAGUCCUUUUGAGAGCGCAUAGAAAAAAAGAAAAGCGUUGUGAUCUUCAGAAGCAUAGCAAAGUUUCAUUUGGUUGGGGACGUUGGGACAUUUUUAACUACACUGUUUUCACUACAUCUCAUUGUUAAUCUUUUCAGAGUGCUUUUUGUUUUUCUCUUCUGUUGAAAUUGCUAUUAAGCAUUAUCAUUUUUUUCGGACAGAAAUCUGUAGAACUACAUUCUUAUUAUUGCAGAUUGUUAUAAAACCUCAUUGCCAUU